GGUUCAGGACUCCUCCUACAGCUGAGACGCUUUAAAACACAUUGUUUCCUGAUUUCACUGGUGGUUGGAAAGAGUCGAAUCAGGAUGAUUUUCACGUUGUUUUCUGCGACCACAUGGACUUUACUGGCUCUCUGUUUUACCCUGUUGCUACUAUAUGGAAUUUGGCCAUAUAGGUUUUUCAAAAACCUGGGAAUAUCAGGACCAAGGCCUCUGCCUUUUAUUGGCACCUUGUAUGGAGCAUCAAAGGGCAUCCUUUCCUUUGACAUUGGGUGUCAGAAAAAGUAUGGAGAUGUCUGGGGAUUGUUUGAUGGACGGCAACCAGUCUUGAUGGUUUCGGACCCCGAGAUUAUCAAAACUGUGUUGGUGAAGGAAUGCUACAGUGUAUUUACAAACCGCAGGGAUAAUAUGGGACUGAGCGGACCACUGGAUGAUGCAGUUACAGAUGUUAAAGAUGAAAGAUGGAAACGUAUUCGCAGUACACUCUCUCCAUGCUUCACCAGUGGGAGACUGAAAAAGAUUUUUCCCAUUGUUGCCACAUAUGCUGAUCGACUUGUUCAGAAACUUGGAAAGACAAAUUUGGAUGAGUCCGUCGAUGUCAAAGAAUUUGUGGGACCUUACAGUUUGGACACUGUAACGAGUGCAUCUUUCAGUGUGGAGGCCGAUACCAUAAACAAUCCUGAUGAGCCUGUAAAUGUUCACAUCAAGAAGGUUCUGAACAUGAACUUUUGGCCUUUUAUUUUCGCAAUGAUCUUUCCCUUUGGUAGUCGUCUGCUGAAUCUCCUUAAAAUUGACAUAUUACCCAGAGAAAGUGUGGAUUUUUUUUACAACAUCAUCAAGAGAUUUAAAGACCAGCAUAACGCAGAGGAAUCGACACGUGGAGAUUUCCUGCAGGUGAUGAUUCAGAAUGAGAUUCCAGAAAAAGAUAUAAAGAAUGAACAUGAGCAGCCAAGUAAAGGUUUGACUGAACACGAGAUCUUUUCUCAGGCCUUGAUCUUCAUCUUUGGUGGCUAUGACACGACCAGUACCACCCUGUCUUUCAUCCUUUACAAUCUGGCCACAAACCCUGAUCCAAUGAAAACUUUGCAGGAAGAAAUCGAUACCAAGCUGCAGAAAGAUGCUUCUAUUACAUAUGAGGACCUGAAUAAUCUGCAGUACCUGGACCAGGUCAUUUGUGAGUCGAUGCGGGUGAUUCCCGCUGCACCUCGUCUUGAGAGAAUGUGCAAGAAGACUGUGCAGAUCCACGGACUCACCAUCCCUGAAGGAACCCUGGUUGGGAUUCCUGCACACAUUUUACAGAAGGACCCACGCUUUUGGAACUCACCUGAGCUUUUCAGACCAGAGAGGUUCAGUAAAGACAAUGAGAGCGAGGUGAACCCGUAUGCAUACAUGCCAUUUGGCCUCGGCCCUCGUAACUGUGUUGGGAUGCGGUACGCAAUCCUCGUCGUAAAGGUGGUUCUUGCGCGUCUGCUGCAGAACUACACUGUGGAAACAUGCAAAGACACCAUGAUUCCUCCGCAGUUUGACUGGAAGUUUCAACCACUUCAGCCCGUAAAGCUCAAGUUUGUUCCCAGAGAGAAGUGAUACAAGAUGGAAAAACUCCAUAUGUAAUCUACACAGAUUUUUAUCAGUAGUAUUUACUUAUAAUGUAUUGAAUGUGUCUGGGUCCAGAGCUGCAGGUCCUCUACCGACCACCAGGGUCUGGGUCCAGUCGAAUAUAUGUAUAAAUCCAAUUUUAUCUUUUCAUUUUCAUUCGAUUGUUGUUCAAUUCAAUCUUUACUCUUUCAUUUUUCUUUUCAUUCUCAAUGGUCAUGAAGUAUAAAUUCUUUAAUAAUUUUUAAUUUAUUUUAAACCACUUAAGCUUAUAAGUUUUCCUGACCUCUCCAAGUAUAUGUGUUUGAAUGUCAGGAAGAACACUUAAUGUAAGCGCCAUUUAUUAGUAACAGUUGUAUUUUAUUGAUUGUAUUUUAUUUAGACAUGUGUGGUUUCCAUGAUGGGUCUCUUAUUUUGAAGUUGUACCGGAAGUUUGAAAUUACCAAAACAUAAAGUAAAAUAUGUGUGGAUGGCGGACAACGGAAGAAUAUAUUUGACCGUAUCGUAAGUGUAUCGCAAUAUCAGACAAUUCAACAAGCAAAACAAGGUGUGAUCUCCAUGCUGAGUGGGUGUUUGUCAAAAUAAGCUUCCUACAAAUUGUUACUACACUUUUUUUUUUUUUUAAAGUUACUACACUUUAAAGGAGCUGUAUGUAAGAGCAAUAAUAAAACGAAUCAUAAAAUGA